AUGGCAGAGCCUGGUUCAGUCCAAGAAGCGACAGUCUAUGGUCUGGAACCGUACAGCCAGUAUAGUCUACGAGUGGAAGUUGUGAACGAAGCAGGUAGUGUGUCCAGUCCAUGGGUUGCCAUUAGGACCCUGGAGGCUUCUCCGGCUGGCCUGUCUAACUUCACAGCGGAGCAGAGAGAGCAGGGCAGGGCGUUACUGCUUAUCUGGGAUCAGCCAAGUGAUCCAAAUGGAAUAAUCACGAUGUACAACUUGUACAGUGAGGGGAACCUGGAAUUCAGUGGACUGUUGCGCAACUUCCUGUUUCGUCGUUUGGAGCCAUGGACCAUGUAUACUUUGAUCCUUGAAGCUUGCACCUUAGCAGGCUGCACACGCACCCCACCCCAGCAUGUCACCACAGCAGCAGCUCCACCUGCUUUCCAGCCCCCUCCCAGGCCUCUCUUCAUUGGCCCAGACCGUGUGGCACUUACCUGGGGCCCUCCCUCUCAGCCCAACGGGCCAAUUGGAGAGUAUUAUUUAAUUGGGAGAAGUUUGGAGGAAGAGGGGAGAGAAAGAAGUAAAGAAGAGGAUAAUGAAAGCGGAAAGGUGCUGUUCAGAGAAUCAUCCCCACAACAUGCUGACUCCGUCUCGUAUACAGUGACUGGUCUACGUCCCUGGACACAGUACCAGUUCAGUGUCCGGACUCACAACCCUGCUGGACACACCCGCAGCCCCUGGGUAACUGUGACAACCAAACAGGCCCCUCCUCGUGGUCUAGCUCCCCCAAAAGUGAGUCACCUCCAAGGCCAGCCCAGUGAGGUGUUGGUGUCUUGGACCCCUCCUUUGGAGCCCAACGGGAUACUUCAGUCCUACAGGAUUCAGAGAAACAAUGUCAGUUUCUCAUUUAGUUUUGACCCUAUUGUCCUCAGCUACAUGGACGAAGACCUCCUGCCAUUUUCAACAUAUAGCUACUCAAUCAUAGCCUGCACGUCUGAGGGAUGCAUAACCAGCCUUUAUAGAAACAUCACUACUCUAGAGGCUCCACCUGCCACAGUGGAAGCUCCCACAGCGGACAGCAUCACAUCCAAUAGUUUGAACGUUUCCUGGAGUAAACCGCUGACGCAGAAUGGAGAGGUGACUGAAUAUGUGCUGAAAUUGAACAACGAAGAAACUUAUCGCGGGAGAGAACUAAAUACAGUGUUGUCAGAUCUGCGGCCACACACGUCAUAUCAUCUGGUCCUUUUGGCUUGUACCAGCGGUGGGUGCACCGCCAGCGCCACAAUGUCCAUAGUGACUGAGGAGGCUCCUCCCACUGGCCUGCCCGUCCCAACUCUUAAGGUCACUGGCCCAGAGUCAGUGGAGGUGAGCUGGAGACCACCGGAGCACCCGAAUGGCAUCAUCACAGGUUAUGAAAUCCGCAGAGAUGGCGAAGUUAUCUAUGUUGGCACUGAGGCCCAUUACCACGACUUCACACUGUUGCCAAGUGUAGAAUACAGCUACGUUGUCAGAGCCAACAACAGCAAAGGGGCAGCGAGCAGCACAGCAGCCACAGCAAAGACUCACCCGUCAGCUCCUUCAGGUGUCGGUCUUCCCACACUGACACCUCUGGGACCAAGCCAGUUGAGAGUAGAUUGGAGUACUCCAGCCCGUCCUAAUGGAGACAUUGUGAGUUACACUGUGUAUCAAAGAGAUCCAGUCCAACUCCGAAUCACCAGCACUGUGUUCACUCCAGAGGACGGUGACUUCUCUGACCGACACACCAUUCUGCGUGGGCUGGCUCCUUACUACAGGUAUGAAGUGAGGGUGGAGGCAUGCACUGCGCUGGGCUGCUCCUCCAGUGACUGGGCAUCUGUACUCACUCUGGACGCUCCCCCUGCUGGACAAACAGCGCCACUGUUAGACCUUCAGCCUGACACGCACACAGGCCUGCAGACCACCUUUCUGCUCACCUGGUCCCCUCCAGCUGAGCCCAAUGGUAGAGUCCUCCAUUACGAGGUGUACCGCAGACUGGACCAUACCACUGAUAUCCACAGACGUGAUGCAGCAACACUUGUUUACAGGAAUAUCUCUACUACUUGCAAAGAUGAAGCACUCAAGCCGUAUACUGUGUACCAGUACCAGGUGUGGGCAGUGAAUUCGGCCGGUCAUUCUGCCAGUCCGUGGGUCAAUGGGCGAACAGGACCUGCCCCACCUGAGGGUGUAGGCCCACCUAUUUUCCUGCGUGUAUCAGCAACCUCAGCACUAGUGAACAUCAAUCCUCCAGCCCGACCCAAUGGCAUUGUUAGCCUUUACAGAGUGUUCUCAGUGAACCACAACAACCACACUCUGCUCUCAGAGGGUACAUCCCAUCAGCAGACACUCCAUGGUUUACGUCCUUACACUCAGUACUGGGUAGGAGUAGAAGCCUGCACCUGUUACCAGUGCUGCAGCCAGGGUCCACUGAGUGAGCUCCACACCCUGGCAGCCCCCCCGGUCCAGCAGCCUCCUCCUCGCCCCCUCAAACUGACCUCCCGCUCUGUGCAGCUGGAAUGGGACGAGCCUCUGGCACCUAAUGGAGUUAUUGAGAGCUGUGAACUACAUCUCAGAUCACCUUGCCCGCAGCCUCCCCAGCCUGUACCCCUCCCUUGCAUUGAAGGGCCAAUAGAAAUCUCUUUCUUUGGCAAAAGGAGGAGCUACAAUGUGACAGGUCUCCAGCCAUACUCCACCUAUCAGCUGAGAGCUGCCUGCUUCAACAACAUGGGCAGCACUGCCUCCAACUGGACUACUGUUACAACUCUCAGUGAAGCCCCACAGUAUGUGUCUCCUUUCCCGGUGGACAGCAACCUGACAGUUAUUUGGCUGGACUGGACGGGGUCCUUCUCCCUCAAUGGGUACCUGAAGGAGUUUAGUGUGACAGAGAGCCAGCUGAGGGUCUAUACUGGUUUCUAUAGCGAUCUCCAUAUUCCACGCACCUCACAGAAAACUCUGUCAUUUCAGGUGACUUGUACCACAAACAGUGGCAGCGCCAGUACUCCCACCAUCAGAUAUAGCCCUGCAACAGGCCUAGGUCCUCCUGAGCCUGAAGACAUGGGUAAAGAGGGCAUCAGCAUGUCAGCAACGCCGGUUUACUCUGAGCUGUGGUUCAUCUUGUUGUUAGCCCUGCUUGGUCUAUUUCUGCUAGCAAUACUGUUGGGCCUAGUACUACAAAGAGCCCUGAGGAAGAAUCCAUCAGCCAGAGAGCGCCCCCCGCUGGUCAUGCUGCAGAAGACCCGGAAGGCUGCGGGAGAGACGUACAUGAGGCCCUGUCCUGAGUUGUGCUCUAAACAUCACUCCAGCUCUGUGCUGCUCCCCCACCGUCCCACAGGUCUGACAGACACUAAGAUCGUCGGUAGCAGCUCACGGUUCAGCCCCAUGUCUGUCCUGAGGGUCCCCAGCCAAACAGACCUCAGCCAGGCCUACUCCCAGCAUUCCCUGCACCGCAGCGUCAGUCAGCUGAUUGACAGGAAGUCACUAAUGAUGGAGGAAGGAAGCUGGGACAACCCACUGGGACAUGACUCUGGACUGUACGUGGAGGAAGAUGAGUUUGUGGACGCCAUCAAGGCCUUAACAUCUGGGAAAAGGGAGCAAACCAUGUUCACAGACACUCAUCUUUAAGAUCCCCACGUCUAAUCAGGUAUCACAGUCGCAAAUCAGACCUAGUUUCAAACCAAAAUUGGAAAAUAUACAUUCCUGGUAUUCGGUGUUAGCUGAGGAAAGACGGGGCUCCUAACAGGAUUGGAAAGUAUGGAAAGUUAUUUAGACAACUUACAAUGCUUGAAAAAUGAUUUAGAAAGUCUUGAAAAUAUGUUAAAAGAAAUGUUCAGCAUUGAUGACCAAUACUUGUUCUGAUUAUGUCCAAAGUGCACUGUUAUGGUUUUAAUAAUUAAUUAUGGUGUUCAGUUCCAGCGACCUGAGAGAAACAGGAUACUAGUGGUUGUUUUACUGCAGCAUUCAUGUCAAACUAUAUUAAAAGAGGUGUCUUAGCCCACUGCAUGUGUGACUCCCUGUAGGGACUAACGGUCUUAACUUGAGUAGAGGCAGGAAUCAGAUAUGGACCCUGUCAGCUGUGAUCAAUUCCUUCUCAGAUUAAGAACCAGAUCGUAUUUGACUGUAUUAUGAGUCACUGUCUCUGCUUGCCAAUUGUUUAGUUUAGUUAUUUAAAAAAUGUUGAAAUAUCAGCUAUAGCAGGUUUGCUUCUCACUAUUUGGAAUCAAAGCAUUCUAGACGUCCAUUAAUAUCGACGGUUUCAGUCAAUUAGUGCCUAGUGAGCUUUAAAUACAUUAUCAGCAGCAGUAGUCCUUUAGCUGAUGGCCUUGAUGUUAGUUUCAUGACAACAAAAAAAUGCCAACUGUUUUUUUUAUUAUUGUGUUAAAAUGUGGCUGGGAAUCACUGAUGUGUCGUCUGAUUGUUUGGAUUAUUAUGUGAUGUAACUUGACAGCCCAAUCUGAGAUUUUAUUUUUUACCAUAUCAGUUGUUGAGGUACACUUUAAAUCAUGAAAUGAAGCUUUGUUCAACUUGUGAAGCUAAAUGUCUUUGUUUGAUAGUUCAGCUGUCAGUGGAAUCCAGACCCUAGUUUUUAUUAUCAAGAAUGAAAUCAGUUUAAGAAUGAGAAUAAAUCUCGGCUAUGUUCUGUUUUGGUGUAAUAGCAGCAAUGAAACAUUGGUUAGAUUUGGAUUCCACCGAUUGGGCCGAUCAUUUUCAAGUUAAACAUCAUAGAAACAGUAUUUAUGACAACAAGAUGUUGCAUUUCUGUGUAGUGUUGAGUUUUUGUGUACAAAGUUGAAGCCUACUGUAUUGUUAUAAAAACCUUUUCUUUUUUACACUGGCAGUAUUAUUUAUGGUUGUUGUAAAAGUUGUAUUUAUAGAUGAUUCAUUGAUCAAUAUUUCUGUUUUUCUGAGGAACUAUAAAGAAUGGUUGAGA